CUUUGCCCGGAAACUAUUUAUGUCAUCUACAGCUGUCACCUUUCACCGGUAAUGUUCAAUUUCUUUUCUCUCCUGAACAUGUCAACCGGCGUUGUGGAGAAUGUCUUAAAGUUAGUUUGUUCUCACGGCAGCAAAAAAUACAAUGUGACUUUAAAAUGUCCUGAAGAUUCCACAGAACUCAAUUGCGGGCAUCUGUUUUCUGCUGUCGAAAAUGUCACUGGUGUCCCUGAAAACAGGCAACGUUUGAUAUUUAAAGGAAAAUCUCUCACUGAUGCUGCUCAAAAUCUGAGUGAGAUGGGCAUGAAGGAAGGUGCUAUCAUCAUGCUGAUGACUAAGGCUAUCCCUUGUAAAGAUGGUGAAACCUUAACAAAAGAAGAAGAGGUUCUUCUAACCAUUGACAGUGAAGUGGAAGCAAAAGGUCGAUAUCUUCAGGAAUUUACCCAGAAUGUCAUGGACUUCUGUCAACAGGCAGAAGACCAGAAGGCACGGGAAAAGAUGAAAAUUAAAGUAAAGGCAGUUGAAGAGGAGUUUAUGAAACUUUUAGAGAAACUUGAUGGGACUGUUUUGGAAGCUACAGACUACAGGACCAAACGAAAAGAACUUGUUAUGAAAGUUCAGGGCCUUCUACAACGUUGUGACUGUCUUACUGAAAUGUUAAACAUCUGUCCUGCCACCGUGUGAUGAGUUUUUGCAUAGAGUUUCAUCAUCGCUCAUCUUCUGUUUCUCAUCUUGUCCACCUUCACGACAUUUUGCUCAUUUCAUUGUGUUUCUUCCAACUUGUCUUUCCACCCUAAUAUCUUGAAUGUCAGGUAGUUGAUAGAAUUCCUUCAUCAUUACUAAUUACUUGUUAACCGUCUGUUUUGUAUUAGCAUCUGUCUUACGUACAUUAUGGUGUGCUCCCAAAUUUUUAACAGCUAGGACACGUUAUUAAAAUUUUUAAAGUUGGUCCCUUAAAUUACGAAUAAAAAUUAACCAAAGCUUUUGUAUAAGAAAAUUUCUGAAUUUAGCCAAUCAGUGUUGCUUCAUUAAUAUAUAUUGAUUUUUGGGUAAAAUCUGUAACCCAGGGAAACUGGCGAUGGUCUGUGUCAGCUUAAAAAUCAUUGAAUAUGAGGAGCAGAAGAUAAGUGAAGUUUAUUUUGUGUGAGGCUUGUAGAAGAUAAUAUUUUAUUGCUUUGGUUGUUUGUUUGAGUGUGAAUUGAAGAUAUAGGAUUAGAUUUGGUGGGGAGGGUGUUUGCCAUGUAAGAGGAGUGGUAUAAGAGAGUGAGAAACCAAGGAAUUGAGGUGGUGAAGGAUAGUAAACACGUCAGAUAGAAUGAUAGAUAAACUUAGCUUAAACCCAAGAACAGAUACAGUUAAGAUAAUGUGGUCAAGGUAUAUAAUAGGAAAAGGGACAAGAAGGCAGAUAGGUGCAAUACAUAAAACCUCCAUAAAUAGUUAUAGUGAUGGGUUAUAGUAAUGCAGGGAGUGAAAGGGACUGAUGGUAUAAGAGUAGAGGCUAAACAACAGAAGAUAGAGAAGGAACACACAUGCAAAUACAGUAUUACAUUCACACGUACUAUCUACACAUGUGUGUAUAUAUAUAUAUAUAUAUAUAUAUAUUCAUAUUUCUGUGUAUCUGUCCAGAUAAAUAAAGAUACUCGUGUACAUUUUUUUUUUAAUUCUCAUUAUGGCAAAUUAGCUUUAUAAAUUUUUUUACACAUUUAACAUUAAAAUGGAAAAGUUUACACGGCAAUUAAUAAUUAUAUAUUUCACUUUUAAAUGUGAGAAAGCCAAUUAAAUUUCUACCGCAAAGUGUUAUUUGAUUCAGUGGCUUGAUUGGCUUUCUAACUCUUUUGAGUAGCUCUCUCUUCAGUGUCCAAUAAAAACUGGUUUUUAAUUAACAACAACAACAACAACAUUCCCAACUGAUUCAUGAUAAGGAGCUCCACUUCUUCACCAACACACACACACAUCUAUAUAUAUAUACCUGUAUACAAAUCUCUCUAUCUCUCUCUCUGUAUAUAUUAUAUUAUUAAUUUAUAUCUAUGAAUGUAUCUUUCUCUCUCUACACACUCUCACACACAAAUUGUUUAUUGUAUGUUCUGUCCAUAAAGCAUUUGCCUGUGGUCUGAUGUUAUUCUACAGCUUACACUGUUUCAUGUUUUGUAGUAACUGUCUACACGAACCUCUCUAAUUUUUAAAAAUAUUUUUAAUUUUUAGAGAGAGUCUAUCUUAGAAUUAGCAAUGUUUAUGUAAAUUGAAACACUACCACCAAGACACUGGCUCAACAGUGUCUUGGUAGCAGUGCCUUCUUAGAUUGAAACACCCUCACCAAGAUGGGAAAUUCAACAGUAUCCCUUUACGUUGAAACACUGUCUACAUGUUGACCUAUGUCUUUCUUAUUUUGUAACAUUGUCUGCUCUGCCACUCCUCAGCAUUUCCUUCUUUACCAAACAAUGUCUACAUCAGGUUCAGCUGUCUCUUCUUAUACUGAGACAUUGUCUACUGUAUAGUCAGCAAUAUGUCCUUGGUAUAAACAAUACUAUCUGCUGCCUAUACACAGAUCACACUGUGUUCAUAAAUGAAUUGUGUAUUUUAUCAACAUUGUUUCUUUGUAGACAAAUAAAAAAACUGAUUAAAAAUUGAUCUUAAAAUGCUAA